AGGAGUGAAGAGGAAGGCUGAAGAUGAUGGAGGAAAGCACCAUAAAAAAGAUUGGAAGGCUAUAAAGGCUGAGCAAAAUUGAAGAAGGAGAAGAGGAAAGAGUGGAAGGGCGGGAGUGAGGCAUAUAUGUUAGGAGUGAGGAGUAAGAAGAUUUGGGAGGAGCUUCGUCAAAGUAACUGCAAGAAGGAAAGGAAAAGUGAAUUGUGUAAGGAGCUUUGGAAUCUAGUGAAAGGAAAGGUGAAGUCACUCAUCUUUUCUCAUGACACAGUGAGGGUCAUUGAAACAUUAAUGGCUGUUGGAGGAGAGCAAUAUCGUACAGAAUUGUUUGAAGAAAUGAAGAAUGACAUCCUUGAAAUGAGCAAGAAUAAGUACUCACGCUUUUUUGUUCUGAAGAUUCUUCGUUAUGGCUCUAGGGAUCAAAAAGAUUUCGUUAUAAAAUCACUGAAGGGGCAUACUGCCACACUGAUGAAAAACAAAAUUGCUUGUGAUGUUGUGGAAUUAGCGUACAAUGACUAUGCAAAUGCUAGACAGCGUUCUUUGAUGACCCAAGAGUUCUAUGGCCCAAGCUUUCGCUUGUUUCCGAAUGAAGACAUUCGGUGUUUAGAAGAUGCCUUGAACUCAAAUCCUUUAAAGAAAGAGACAAUCCUCAAAGAUCUGCGUAGUGCAUUGCAGCCCAUUGUUGAUAAAGGUGUUUUUACCAAUACAAUGGUGCACACAUUACUUCGUGAUUUUCUUACAUCUUGUUCUGCAGCAGACAGGACUGCAAUGAUUGAAUCACUGCGUGAGUCACUACUCCCAAUUGUACACACAAGGGAUGGCGCACGUGUGGCCAUGAUAUGCCUGUGGCAUGGGACAGGAAAGGACAGAAAGGUUAUAUUGAAGAGUUUCCGGACUCACAUGGUUAAAUUAGCCACAGAUCCCCAAGGUUACAUGGUCCUACUUGCUGCUUUUGAUUGUGUGGAUGAUGUAGUUUUCUUAAAAAGUGUUGUUAUAAAGGAACUCUUGGAGGGUAUACAGAAUUUAGUGGGGACAGAUUCUGGACUGCGUGUCUUGCGUUAUAUAGUGGCACCACGCAGUUCUUUGUUCUUCCAGCCUGCUGUUGUAGAUCAGUUGAAACCUGGAGAUGGCAAUGCUUACAGUCGCAAAGAUACUGAUAUCAGGCAGAGGGAAAUUCAAGAAGCUGCAGCUGAUGGCAUUUUAUCUCUCUUGAGUGGUAACAUUCAGAGCUGGGCCUUGAAUGCUAACUGGACACUCUUCAUUGCAGCAGCAUUAGAAACACUUCCAGGUAGUUAUGUGAGCACUAUAUUUGGUCAGUUGGCUGAGUUGUGCAAUGCACCUUAUGAGGAAGGAAUGAAAGAUCAUGUACUGGAUGUGGCUCACACGACAAAAAUGCUUACGAAGAUCAUUAAAUUUGAUAAGCACAGAUAUGCAAAGGAGAAGCCAACAUUUAGUGAGGUAUUGUUAACAACUGUUGGGGAACAACUAAGUAGCUGGCUGGAUUCAAAUAGAGGAUGUUUCAUGUUAGUGUGCAUGAUUGAAACAGAAAUAAGUAAAGUAAUUAAGUCUGUAAAGAACAUUUUAUCCCAACAUCUUGAAAAAAUUGAAACAUUGACAACUCCAGGUGGUAAAAUUCUGUCCCAAAAACUGAAGGGCGACCUUCAAGAGUAAACAUUUAUUAUAUUAGUAUCAUAGUUUAAUUGGAUAGGUUUCAAAAGUACCACUA